CUCUUUCUGACUUUUCUUCCUUGGAGAUGGUCUCGUAUCCAAAGUGGGUAGUUUCUUCAUUGAUAUUUGAAAAACAUCGGUAAAAAAGAAUAUUUUUUGCAGUAUUUUGAAGCUUUCUAAGCAAACCUUUGCUUAGUUGCCUUCCUGCCGCCAUGUUUUCUCGCGUGAUUUUUCGCGCGUGGUGUUCACGCGUGCGUGGCGCGCGUGAUCUCCUACGUGUUCCUCCCGCGUGUAGGUCGCUCAUAAUGUGUACCUCUCGCGUGUUUCGCGCGCGUAUUGUCAAUUAACAAAUUAAUGUAAACAAAUUUUUUACGUCGUUACUAUGUCGAUGGUUUUUCCUGAUUUUUCUGGAAAAUUUUCUUGAUAAAACCACUAAAAUGUACUUUAGAAGAUGUUCUGUGUUUGUAUGUACUAACUAUGGCUGUUAACAAGAAACGUGGUAGGUUUUUUGUUUUGUGUACACGAUAAUUUUGUUAUUUAUUACGAGAUUUAUUAAUUGAAGUUUCAUCAGGGCAGUCAUGAAACGAUAUCGAUUAUCGAUAACUUUGCUGUCGUUUUUUUCCCAAACAUUGUACAGUAGACCCUGUAUGUAUCCAUGAAGUUUACUUGUUAAUGUGUGCAAGUAGAGGGGAACAAAAAAAACAAAAAAAAACCACUUUACCCUCCUAGGAACACACAGGAUAUGCAAGUCACUUUACUUCCUAUGAUUUACAAGUUCCCACUCACACACAAAAUGGCACAGUCUCCCUUCCUGCUUCAAUGUGAGUGAGAGAUUGUGUGUCAGGGGCGGUCAUUGUGGUUGACGUCAGUGAAGUUGGUAUCCAGUGUCACUGUUUCACCCUAUAUAACCCCGCAAUGAAUGCAUGUGAGUUUAGUCAAACCAGUGUCAGACUGUCAGUCAUGUUUUCGCUCGCUACUCUGGUUUUAACAAUACCAAAAAUGACCGAUAUGAUACCUGGUUGCUGUGAACUCACAAUCUUUAACCAGUGUGUCCGCAUUACUUUAUAUUAAUUGUUUUCUAGAUUUCAAAAGACUAUCAUUGAACAAAUCGCACAUUCACCAAAAGGGCUAAUGACCCAUUAUAUGUAAAUUGUAGAUUGGUUGUCAACAUCAACCUGUAGCAUUAUCUCAAACAAAUUCAGGAUAUUGAAACGUUGUACAUCAGGCAACACGUUAUAUUUAUUUGCAGAUGAUCAUGACUUGCUUGGCAGGACGUAUUUAAUGCAUGCAAUUCAUGGAGAAUGUCAAGAAGAAACCGUUGAGUACAUUCUGUCACUACAUUUCAACAUCAACCAUCAAGCACAUGGUAUGUACAUCGCAACAAAUACCAUGAUCAUAUAUGUCGGUCUCACUGGUGCUCUAAUUUGAUAAUUGUUUAUAUUCAGAUGGAAGCACUGCUUUACAUGUUGUUUGUCAACAUCAAAAGACACACAUAACAGCUUUACUUCUUAAAAACAAGGCAAGUGAAACACUAAAACAGACUAGACAUACUCCCUAGAAAUUGCAGCUCUUCAACGACAUUUUAUCAUCAAAUGUUUACAGCCAAUCAAGAGAAUCUUAAAUAAUUGUAUAAGGUCACCUUAAUGUAGGCCGUAUUUUUCCUGUCUAUGCAGUCAAUGUGAGAUAGAGUAGCAAGCAAGAGAUAUUUCUGCUCAUAAUAUCUGUGGCUAAGAUGUUUAUUGUCAUAAUUUCAGGCGAGUGUAUCAAUUAAAGACAAGAAAGGACGAUCAGCUCUACACUGGGCUGCCAAAUCUCAAUCAAAUGAAACAGUUAAGGUAACAGCUAGUGAGGGCAUUGAGGACCGUUUUCCAGGACAGAUCUAGUAGUUAUAGACUUUAUUAAACCAAGCUAACAAAACAACGCUGUAUAACCGUCAUUUGCAGGAUAUUGCAAUACUAAUCUAUAAGGCUCUACAUAAUCAAUCUCCACAGUAUAUCAAUCAACUAUUUGAACUGCGCGUAUCCAACUAUAAUCUUCGAGGAAUUGACAUGCUUACAUUACCUAGAUUUAAUACUGUUACCUAUGGAAAGAACUUGUUAAGAUAUAUGGGGCCUAAAAUAUGGAACAGUCUACCAGAUGAAGUUAAAGCGGCAGACAAUAUCGUAAUAUUUAAGAAAAACAUUCGUAAAUUUGAAUUUCAAGAUGUUUAGACUUACACAUUAUUUAUCUAGUCAUUUAACAAUAUAAUAUACAUAUUUAUUUUAAUAUAUAGAUAUUUGUAAUUCUAUUAGUUACUCAGUCAAACUAGCACUUUGUGUGCUAUAUCUAAACAGAGUCAAAAUAAAUUAUUAUUAUUAUUAUUAUUAUUAUGAUGUAACAAAAUUGAGGGAACUUUCUUCCAUCUACCACCCACCCAACUCUUCUGUCUUCAUCACUUGAGGCCAGAUCUACCCUGAGGGUGCAGGAGGUAGAGAAGUUCAGCCAAAAACUGAACAACUUUGACCAUACAUUUUAUGCUUUUCGAAUAGUGAUUUGUGGAACUUCUACUGUUAGCUUAGUUGAUUGAUUUGUGAGCUUUCAAAUAAUAUACCAUACUUUUAACAAUCAAAUUUACUGUACUUACGUGCUACAGAAACUAUCCAGGCAUGCAUGUGUGGUAAAAAAACUGAUCUACACUUGAUAAACAAAAGGUAAUGUGAAACAUAACAGACCAGCAAACAUGCAGCAGAUCCUGGCGUCUCAAAUGAUGCUAAUGUCCCAUGAGAUAGUAGCGUUGCAGACUGCAGAUGAGACAGUAAAGCUCCCUCAUGCAUCACCCAAUGCAAAACCUUCACCCCUUCUUGCAGAUGAUGCUAGAUUUGCUCCUGAUCUUUAUAAACUUUAUUCCAUAUUCCACUACUGAACUAUCUAGAUGCUUCUUCAAUAUGGUGCAGAUAUCAAUGUUCAAGAUUGUGAUGGAAUGACUCCAGCAAUGUGGGCAUGUUAUUUCAACAAACCAGACAAUCUACACAUUCUAAGAAAUGCUCUUGAGAGAGUCGACCCUAGAUCUGAUGCAAUAUUGGAUAAACAAGACAAUAUGGGAAGGACUGUUCUUCAUUGGGCAGCCAUGACGUGUGAUCAAAAUUGUAGCUUGUCAUGUUUGAAGGUAGAGAAAAUGUGAAAUAAACUCAUGCAAUUUGCUAAAAUUGCAUGUGAAUUGCAUGGAUCUGCUAACUGGGUCAUUGUCGUUGUAAAUUGUUAGGAAUUACUGGAAUUAAGUGACAUUUGUAAAGUGAAAGAUGAUGAAGGAAGAACAGUGUUGCAUACAGCCGCAAUACAAGGUACAAGUGUAUUCUUACAAACGUUUUGUCUCCCACAUCCAGCCUCAAAUGUAUACAAUAUAGCACUGGUAAACCCAAUGUUUACAGCACCUCCCAUACUAUCAGUUCUAACAAUUAACACUCAAUAUAGAACUAACAGUUGAAUUGGUUUUUUUGUACAUGGAAAUUCCUAGCGGAAGAUUAUAUACAAUAUUAGACUUAAACCAGGAGUAAGCUACGGAAAAAAUGCAACUAUAUCUGGCAGGAAUAAAAAAUGCAGCCCUGCGAACAGCAGCUCUCUAAUCAACUGAACUAUAGAGUCAGUUAUAUUAUAUACAAUAUGCCAUUAUAAGUCUUAUAAUUAAGGUACUGUACGGGUAUUAAUAUCAAGAUUUUUUUUAAUAUCUUCCAGGUUCAGUAUCAGCAUGUAAACAAAUCUUAUUAUCAUGUGAUGAAGAUAUCUUAAAUAUGCAAGACAGUCAGGAUCAAACAGCGCUACAUCUGGCUACAUUGAGUGGUCAUGGCGAGCUGGUCGACUUUCUACUUCAACAUGGAGGUUAGAGAAACUGCAAAACAAUUUAUAACAUUAUGGUUGUCAACUUGAGAUAUAUCGACACGAAAUCCAAAAUGUAGACAUACGGCACUAUUCAGUUAAAAUUUGCUAUUACCAGACAGUACUGGAACUUUUUCUACCCACAAUACCAUCUGUUUUGCGUUAAGUUAUUGUGAAACACAAUACAUUGCUCUCUGCUGUACAUUGCUGUGAUAAGUUCAUUGCUCUGAUAAGUUCAUUGCUCUCUGCUGUAUAUUGUCUGAACAUCCUUGUGCCACAUACUGAACAGAAAAUGGAAUAUUUUAUGACAAAAACUGACAUAUUCUCCAAGUUACGACCAUCAGUAUCUGGUUAUUAUCAGGUAGACUACUAUCCAGGAUCAUCCAGCACAUCCCAGACUGGUUGAUAGUUCUCAGGAAACCCGCAUAUUAAUAUGUGUUCAUGGUAUGUUUUUACAGCAAACAGUUCAGUUUGUAACAAGAAUGAAAGAACAGCUUUACAGGAAGCAGAGAGUGGUCAUUACCAUUACUGUUUGUUGGUGUUUGCUGCGUUUGAACAAAUGAAGGAUAAAAAGGAGACGAAAGCGCCUUUAGACAGAUCAGAAAAUGAUGUGGAAAAGAAGAAUAAAGAUAGGAAAAGAUACGAAAGGUGAUUGUUGUCCUUAUCUAGAACAAUGUUUGUCUCAGAGUGUUUCUCACCAACCUAACUUUCUGAGGGCAGUCGAGGUGUUUUCAAUAUUUUUCAGGCAGUUGAGCUACAAACAGUGGCAGCUCCACAAAUUGAUUUAGUAAUUUGUCAUCGUAGGCAAGAGCUGAACACUAGCUAGUUAUUAAAUAUUAUUUUGUAUUUCUAGUUGGGUGAUUCCGUCGACAUCUUUGAACGAAUCUCACAACCUUCCGACAGAAGUGAUGGUUGACCAACUUGUGGACGUGACGGACAUCAAAGGCUUUGAAAUUAACGACGAGCUUGAUGAUCAAAUCAUUGAAAACGUUUCUCUACCAGAAAAACUUGUUUUAACAAAAGAUAAACCUGCUACACAAAAUCCUGCUACAACCAGAGAUAAACCUCACAAACCUGCUAUGACAAGCAAUAAACCUGUUAUGACAAACACUAAACAUGUUAUAAAACCUGACAAACCUGUCACAACCACAGAUGGCAGAAAUCACGUUACAAGCAGGAGCAAUAAAAGUGCAUUUCUUCAGAGAAGCGAGAAAGUUGACGAGACUAGAGAAAUGAAGCAAGAAGAAUCAGAUGUUCACAAGGAUGGAAAUACAAAUGAAAGUAAGUCUUGUGUGUAAGCAAUCACUGUGUUUAAUUAAACCUGCUUUACAAUAUCAAAGUUUCUGUGAUCACAGUAGGAAUUUUGCAUUGGUAAGUUUUUACAUUGUUUAACACUAAGACAGUUCCCUCAAACAUUUCUUACAAAAUCCUUCAAGACUUACAAACCAGCGUUUAGCGACUGACAUUAAUGCGAUUUCCCAUCACAUGAGCGACCUGGACGAGGAGAUGUAGAGCGUAUGAUCAAACACGUUCGCUCCGCAAGACGAUCGUGAACGGGCGACGUUAGAAAGCAGUCAUGAGAGAAACGUUCAUAUCUAUCUAGGUCCAGCAGACGAAGAUGUGGCUGCAUAUCCAAGUGAACAACAUGACAGUCAAAGUGAGAGUGAGAAUAUCGAGAUCUCAAGUUUAAAUAUGGACUCUGAUGAUGACGACAGUGAGGAGGUGCCAGAUGAUGAAGAAAUUAACAAGGUACUUUUCAACUUUUUUAAACUUUCUAGAUACUCUAACAAUUGUGUCCACGGCAAAGGCAUUUAACGUUUCUCACUUCCUUGUAAUGAGAAAAAGUUAAUCCGUCCUGACUACAACGAAAUGUUUUCGCUGAAAAUGUCGAAGUUUAUUCCGGUACUUCCGAAAUAAGACCUACAUUGGAUGUUUAAAACUAAUGUUAUUCCGAAAGAGUAUGCAUUUUGUUAACAACACAUAACAACACAAAUGUGUUGUAAAACAGCUGCUGGAACUGCAUAUGUGUUGUUAAAAUGCAUACUUUUUUCGCAAUAACAUUAGUUUUAAAUUUGCUGAAACUAUCAGCCGGUAAACGAUAGACUGGAUGUAUAUUACGUAUUUCUUUCAGACGAGCUGUCCUGAGCCUAACCAAACCAGCAGACAGACGCCAAAUUCGGAAUCAAAGAGACCAACUAAAGGGAACCUUGCUCCGAUCAAACCUUUGUCACAACCAAGUCUCAAUCUUUCCGCGAAACUAGAUCCCAUUCCUUUACUCCACUCAAACAAGAAAGCUCCUCAGUCACGUGGUAUUGUGACGCCACAUAAUGUUCAAUCACGUGGUAUUGUGGCUCCACUUCAACCUCCUGUACAGAAGGAACAACCAGGACUAUCAUUGUUAUCCAGAGAUAAACUGCAGCAUCUCAGUGCUGGAACACAAUACGGAAGUCGAGGUCCAGAUCACGGACCAUUAGCUCAGGCGCACAGCAAACAAUUGUUGAACAAUGUUUUCAAGGUACAUACUGUAUGACCACCACUAUUAUUGGUCAACAAUCUUGUUAAAAUAGAGAAUAUUAUUUAAGCCAUAUUAUGUAAUAUAAAAUUAUUGUGAAGAUAAACUCUCCAACUAUAUCCUAUAUUGUUUAGGAAAACCCGAGCAAAAACGUGGAACAACAAAAGACGCCUGAAAUACAACGAAGGUCGAUGCAACCUGUAAAAUUAUCACGACCAACUGUGAGACAUUAAGAUCUUUAAAAGAUGCUUCCUUAACCAAACGCAAGGGUUAAGGUAUUUAACCUAGUGUUAGGUAAAUAUUUAAUAAAAUAUUUAAUAAUUUAUAUUAUUUAAACAAUGUAUAUAGUCGAGCAUAAAAGACAAGAUAUAAACACACACCACGACAAUAUCAAACACAGCGCAGCUUUCAAUAUCUCCUGAUGAAGGGUGCCUUAAAAUAUUUUGGUUUUAUUUAAAGUUGUCAAAUAGUUGAUGUUUUUAUUAAUAAUAAAAGUUCGUCGUUUCAAAUUGUGAUAAAGCUCUUUGUUCACACUCAUUUAACUUGAUAGAUGACGUAAUCCCGACAUUCUUCCAACAUUCUGACACUGGCGCUUUAAAUAGAGAGGUUCAGAUUUGACUGCCAUUACUCUUACCAUAACUGGAUGCGUUUGAUAUGUGAUGAACCAAUCAGAUGAGUUUGAGAUAUCUGAUUAACAAAUUACAUGCCUAUCUGAUAUCUGAUUAACCAAUUAGAUGCAUAUCUGAUAUCUGAUUAACCAAUUAGAUGCCAGUGAGUGGUGGUGGAAUUCAAAUCUGAACCUCUCUGAUGUCAGCGAAACAACAUUGUAUCUUCAUUAAUCACUUGGAGAAUAAAUAACCCGAGUACCUUUCAUUUUUGUGUGAGAAAAUCUUGCAGUCCUUCAAGAAACUGGACAUAAUGUUGAUGUUCAAGUAUCGUACUUUUCUUCAAUAAAUCCGUGAGGAAUUCAGUAUUGAUGCCGCGUUCUGUCAGCAAUCCUUUCAAGAGUUCAUACAGAUUCUAA